UCUAUCCCUCUCUCUCCCUCCUGCCUCCUAUCUGCCUGUCAGUGUCCCCGGAAUACCGCACUCUCCAGUAUCCGCACUGUGCAUCGGGACGCUGUGUUGGGUGUGAUGUGGAGCUCGGUCCUGGCGUGAGGAGGGGGCUGUGCGUGUGUGUGUGUGUGUGUGUUGCUCUAUGGCAGUGAGCGGCAGUGGCUGAAGCGGUCACUAUGGUGCCUGUGGCGGGGCUGCUCUGGGCCAUGUUGGGCUGUUUCUCCCGCCUGGAGCUGGUGCUGAGCUGCCCGGGGACCUGUAAGUGCAGAGCCACUCAGAUCCACUGCGACCAACCGGACAACGUAACCAUCUUCCCGGUGCUGGACCUGCAGGAGAUGGAGAACGUUCGUCAAAUAUACAUUGAGAACCAGAAGAGCCUGCAGACUUUAAAUGCUUUUGACAUGGAACCUUACAUUGGACUUGAGAAUCUGACAAUCAUAAAUUCAGGACUUCGGUCGAUCUCUCCAAGAGCAUUUGCCAAAAAUCCUCACCUUCACUACAUCAACUUGUCGGGCAAUCGGCUCAGCACCCUAUCAUGGCAACCGUUCCGCACACUGAGGCUCUCUCACCUGAUCCUGGUUGGAAAUUUGUUCAACUGCAGCUGUGAGAUUCGCUGGAUCCAGCUGUGGCAGCAGAGCAGUGAGGCCAGACUGGCCCAGCAACCACUGUACUGUAAGACUGACAACAGCAUGAUCCUUCUCUCCAACAUCAACAUCACCCAGUGUGAAUUGCCGGAGAUUAGUGUGAGUCACAAUAACCUGGUGGUGAAGGCUGGAGAGGAUGUUGUGGUGACAUGUAAUGGAUCUGGAUCACCACUCCCCGAUGUGGAUUGGAAUGUCACUCAUGUGCGCUCCAUUGGCAUUCAUCAGACUAACAGUAACCUGACGACUGUGUCCACAGUAAACCUGACCCUGUUUAAUGUUGAUCAGGAGGAUAAUGGGAAGCUGCUGAUGUGUACAGCAGAGAAUAUGGUGGGAAUGACUAACGCCUCGGUGCUGCUCAAUGUUUACUAUCCUCCUGACAUUAAAGAGUUAACAGAGCCUGAGCAACGACAUAUGCAUUGCAUUGAGUUUACAGUCUAUGGUAACCCUCUGCCCACCAUCCACUGGCAGUAUCAGGGCCAGAGGCUCCAGGAGUCAACGUUCAUCUACACUAUGGUUUAUGAAGAGGCUAGUGACUGGCUGUAUGGCUGUUUGCUGUUUGACAGACCCACGCAUGUCAACAAUGGGAACUACACGCUCUUCGCAGAGAACGAUAUGGGCACUGAUACAGAGACCGUCUACGCACACUUUCUUGGGAGUCCAUUUCCAGGUAAAGAGCCUUCAUUUCUUGUAUUCUGUGAAGUGACCACAGUGCCUCCUGUCAGUGUGACACACAAACCCGAGGGCGACACAUUUGGCGUCUCCAUUGCUGUUGGACUAGCAGCGUUUGCUUGUGUUCUCCUGCUUGUACUGUUCAUCUUGAUUAACAAAUAUGGACGUCGUUCUAAAUUUGGAAUGAAAGGUCCUGUGGCAGUGAUUAGUGGUGAAGAGGAUUCUGCAAGUCCACUGCAUCACAUCAAUCAUGGAAUAAUCACCCCCUCAUCAAUCGAUGCUGGACCAGAUGCUGUGAUUAUUGGAAUGACCAGGAUUCCUGUCAUUGAAAAUCCUCAGUAUUUCCGUCAGACUCACCACCUUGGGAAGCACCUAGACACAUGCGUGCAGCACGUCAAGAGGAGAGACAUUGUCCUGAAGCGGGAGCUAGGGGAAGGAGCUUUUGGCAAAGUGUUUCUGGCUGAAUGUUACAACCUGAGCCCCACCAAGGACAAGAUUCUGGUGGCUGUUAAGACCCUGAAGGAAGGCACGGUUUCUGCGAGGAAGGAUUUCCAGCGAGAAGCACACCUCCUGACUAAUCUGCAACACGAGCACAUUGUGACCUUCUAUGGGGUGUGUGUGGAUGGUGACCCCCUCAUCAUGGUCUUUGAGUACAUGAAGAAUGGAGACUUGAAUAAGUUUCUCAGGGCUCGAGGUCCUGAUGCGAUGAUCCUGGUGGACGGACACCCAAGGCUGAAAGGGGAGUUAUCCAUCUCCCAGAUGUUGUAUAUUGCAACACAAAUUGCUUCUGGAAUGGUGUACCUGGCCUCCCAGCACUUUGUGCACAGGGAUCUGGCAACCCGCAACUGCCUGGUCGGAGGAAACAUGCUGGUUAAAAUUGGGGACUUUGGAAUGUCAAGAGAUGUCUACAGCACAGAUUAUUACAGGGUGGGGGGUCACACUAUGCUCCCAAUCCGCUGGAUGCCCUCGGAGAGUAUAAUGUACCGUAAGUUCACCACAGAGAGCGAUGUCUGGAGUUAUGGAGUGAUUCUGUGGGAGAUCUUCACCUACGGCAAGCAGCCCUGGUUUCAACUGGCAAAUAAUGAGGUGAUUGACUGCAUCACUCAAGGGCGAGUGCUGGAGAGACCACGGAUUUGUCCCAAGGAGCUGUAUGAUAUCAUGUUGGGUUGCUGGCAGAGGGAGCCCCAGCAGAGACUCAGCAUCAAAGAAAUCCACCGGAUGCUUCAAACACUGGGCAAGACCUCCCCAAUCUACCUGGAUAUCCUUGGCUAAUGACAGGCGGCAUGAGCCCCUUCUGAAUGUACUUUAUCUCAACAGUAAAUGCUACUCCUUCAAUUUGGAAAAAAGAAACUGAAGUGCCUGCAAUGUAUUAACAUGUACAGUUGUUCUUAAGGAAGAUUGGCUGGUCCUACACACAAAAUAGAACAGGCAUGUGUUCCGCACUGAGCAGACCUCUCCAUAUGGUAACAUCUUGUUGCUCCAUUAAAGCCCUAAUGAAAAUACAGGAAGUUCUUUUGCUUGAGAAUGCUUAUUAACUCCUGAGCCCAGUAAACGAGAAUUCACCUGGAGGAUUGGAAGACUUAUUCCAGCAUUUUGUCAGACUGUUGAGAAGUUUUUAAUUUGAUGGAC